AUGUCAACAGAAGCACGUAGAAGACUUAUGAGAGACUUUAAGCGUCUUCAGAAUGAUCCACCUGGUGGUAUUCCUAAUCCUAACUCACCUGCAAAUGCCGAAGCUGCCAACCUAUACAGAGAACAUCGUAAAGAAUACAUUAGACGUGUUAAAGAGAUUUAUUAUUGA